AACGCGCCAAUUUGGGGAAGCUGAGAGCGGCAGCAAUCAGCUGCGGACAUGUUUUAAUUAGAUUACCACUGACUGACCACGCAGAAGAUUUUAAGCAAAUCAGAAACAAUUCCACAGCAAAAUCCUUUGCCUUAAUGGCUUAAAACGGGGCAUCGGAGACAGGGAGACAGCCAACCGCCUCUCUCUCCAUUGGCGUACCGUCUAUUGUUUGACCAAUUCUCCGAUCAGAUGGAUACUGAAACUGCUAAUCAACACAAGCAAGAACGAUCAAGAACAAGAUGGACAGCAUCCCUUGAUAAGAUAUUUGCAGACUUGGUGGUGAAGCACAUUCAACUUGGAAAUAGACCAAACAAUGUUUUUGAUAAGAAAACAUGGAAUCACAUACGCAAUGAGUUCAAUAAGCAGACAGAUCUAAAUUUCAAUAAUAAUCAAUUGAGAAAACACCUAGAUGUACUGCGAACACGCUUCUAUAAUUUGAAGUCAGCUAUUGUUCAAAAUGACUUCACUAUAGAUGAUUCUUGCUGCAUUGGAUUUGAUCUGUGGGAAGACGUUGCGUCACAGCCUAGGCCUGAGGCAAUCAGAGUCAAGGACUGUCCCAUAUAUGACCAAUUAUGCACAAUAUUCAAUGAUACAUCAGCUGAUGGAAAAUAUGCCCAAUCAAGUCACUUUGAAUCUGUUGGAAAUGAUACUGCGGGCUUAACUUCAAACCCAGUGGGUGGAUCUUCUCAUCCUGAAAAUCCAUCAUCAUCAAGGCCAGUGCAAGGAAACUCCGUGACAGCGGAUAGAACAGUUAAGAAUAGAGCAGACAGAAAAAGGACAAGGUCUUCUGAGACACAGCCUUCUUCAGAGCAGAAUAAGAAACACCAAGAAAUAAAUGAUGCUAUGGCAGAAGCCCUGUUGGAGAUGCUGGCUGCUUCAAGGUGGAGAAAGGCUGCAAAAGUGCAAAAUGAUGAAAGAUUUAGCGUAACUAAUUGCAUUAAAGCACUGGAUGAGAUGGGAGACAUUGAUCAGCAGCUCUACUUUGCCGCUUUGGAUCUGUUUGAGGAGCCUAACAUGCGGGAGACAUUUCUCUCCUUGAAAAGUGAUCAGUUAAGGUUGACUUGGUUGCAAGGGAAGUGUGGUUAACAUCCCCCAUUUUUUAAUAGGUUAAGAAAAAGAGUUUUUGGCCUUCUAAUCCCCAGAGGUGUGAUGUGUAAAUAUCAGUUUUAGUUAGACUUAUUUUUAUCAAACAAGGUCUUCAGUUCAGGUUUUGCAAUGCCAGAAACUAGGAGUGAUACUUGACGGUUAGGAAAUCGAAUAUGUUUAUCGUUAAAGUGAUCAAGUCCUGAUACAAGACGCUGCAUGCUGUGUGGGUUCUUCUGAGACAAUCAUACCAUCUAGGGAAUAAGAGCUGUCUUGUUCUGGACGCCAACCGAAGUUUUAUCAAGAAUCUAAGCUAAAACAUCUGACAAGGCAUUUAGAAACUUGGUUUUUUCGAUUCAAAAUAGGAAAUUCAUUAUUUCU